CUCCGACACUCACCUCGACUUGGGUGUCUUCUUUAGUUUCUCUUUAACACUUGAUUAUCUGGUUGGUUCAAACCGAAUGCUGUUGGGUGUUCCUGGCACCGCCUAAUUAGUUACGCCUCACGUGACUUUUCCGUUUCGGUUCCUCGGUCGCGCCAGCUAUGGCGGCCGUGUCGCUCCGGUUCCCCCUGUGCUCCGUGCCGUCCAGCCCGUCGUUCAAGAGGCAGGGGAGCCUGUCUCGGCGGCCGUCCCGCCACUUCAAGGACGCCAACUGUCAGUCAUGCGAGCGGCUGUUGCACGAGCAGCGGCGGCAGCAGGAGCUCCAUGCAAGCUACGUCCCAACCACCCGCGCCCUCCCCGCCUCUUCCGCCGACAAACGCGACGCCUCUCGCGGCUCUUCUGUCAGCAUGGCCGCCGCUGGCGGCAAGAGCAGUAGCAGCAGCGGCGCCAGCGGCGGCGGCGGUGGCGCGAGUAGCAAGUCAGCGGCAAACGCAGCGACAAACGCGGCGGCAAACACGGCGGCAUGCGCGGCCGCCAUGGCCCAGAAGCUCGUAAAAUCCGUUGAAACGGCUCCUGUGGUGCGGCGAGUGGACGCGUGGGCGACUAAGAACAAACUUCCCAAGGAGUUGUCGCUCGCGCUACUCUGGUCCGCCGCUAUUCUCUCCCUCGCUGCUGUCACCUUCGUUUUAAGGCUCGUUUUCGGCCUGCUCAGGGUCGUGUUUUCCGCUAUCGGAGGCCUUUUCCGCAAGACUCCUGCUGCUGCUGCUGCUUCCGCUCCUGCUCCUGCUGCUGCUGCGCCGUAUGCGGUUUCGCCUGCUGCAGUCGCUGCCGCUGCUGCCGCCGCGAGUCCCGCGGCUGCGGCGGCGCUGGUGACGAUACCGACGGUUGAGGGGGAGCUGGAGGGGAGAGUGGAGGAAGAGGAGAUAGUGCGGCAGAGACUGGUUGAGAUGGAGAGACGGGAGAGAGAGGAGGCGAUUGAGAGAGAGGCGGAGGAGAGGAAGAGAGAGGAGGAGGAGAGGAAGAAGCAGGAGGAAGCGGCGAGGGCGCGAGCAGCGGAGGAAGAGAAGGAGAAGAAGAGGAGGGUAGAGGAGGAAGAGGAGGCAAGGGAGCGAGCAGAGGCUGCUGCAGCGAAAGAAGCAGCUGCAGCAGCAGCAGCAGCGAAGGAAGCAGCAGCGAAGGCGGAGAGAGAGGAGAAGGAGAAGGAAGAAAGGGAGAAGAAAGCGAGAGAGCAGGAGAAGGAGCAAGAGGAGAGGGAGAAGGAGAGGGAGAAGGAGAAGAGGGAGAGGGGGGAGAUAGAGGAGAGGGCGCGGCAGUUGGAGGCGGCGUGGCGGGAGGAGCAGCAGCAGCGCGCCGAGCUGGUGGAGCGCGCCGUUGCUGACGUGGCGCGCGCGUACGAGCGCAAGCUUGCUGAGCUGGAGGCGGCGCACGAGGCUGAGGUGGCGGCGGUGCGGCAGGCCACGGAGGCAGGCGGGGUGACGGGAGACGGCCAGGUGGAGGAGAUGGCACGGCUUAGGGAGGAAGCAGCAGAACUUAGGCGGGGAAUGGCUCUGGCGAAGGAGGUAGCGGAGCAGGUGAUGGACGAGGAGCAGAAGAAAGCCCGGGAGAUUCGGCAGCUGAAGGCUGCUCUCAAGGAGGAGAAGGCGCGGAUGGAGAGAGAACGGGGGAAGCUUCAAGCGCAGCGGGACGAGAUGGAGGCUGAGGCGAGGGAGAUAGAGGAGGAGAGGAGGCGGGUGGCUGAUGAGAUGGCACGGGUGGAUGGGGAGAAGGCUGGGGUUGAGGAGGCGAGGCGGAAGGUGGAGGAGAGGAGGAAGAGGAGUGAGGAGAAGCGUGAGGUGCAACCGCACGAGGUGGCUAAGCGGUCAGCUGUGCAUUCGUCGGCAUCUGUGGCGGUGGGAGGGCAGGCAGAGGAGGGCCUCGCUACAGCAAUCCUCGAGUACCAGCAGGAGCGCCAGCAGUACCAGCAGCAAAUGGCAACUUCAACCGCAGAUUCCCAGAAGCUCACCUCCCGCGUGGCACAGCUCGAGUCCUAUCUGGCACAGCUCCGCGCCAGCCUGGAAUCGUCCCAAGCUGAGCUGGACUGGACCAAUCGGGAGGCGGAUGAGAAUGAAGCGCUUGCUGCUGAGCUGGAGGAGCUUCUCCAGGCUGCCCGGAAGGAACGGGAUUCGGUCAACGUGGAAAGUUUUCAGCAGCUGACUGAAGAGCUGGCGGAGGCACAGGAGAGGAUGGUGCAGGAGGGGCGGCAGCAGCAGGAGCGGGCGGCACAGCUGGCGGAAAUGAUGCAGAAGCUGCCAAAAAUCAAGGCUGAGCUGGCAGCCACGCGGAUCGAGCUGCGCCGGGAGAAAAGUUCCCGGGCAGCUGAGGUGACGUCUCUUGAAGCAGCGAUUGUUUCGGCAAGGGAGGAAGCCAAGGCUUUAAGAGACACGGCGGUGGGAGCAGAGGCGAGGGUGAGGGAGGAGUUGAGGGUAGCUGAAGAGGCGUAUGCAGCGGGGGUGAAGGCUGCACGGGAACGGAUGACAACAAAGAAUAUUGUGCAAAUGGGGAAGGCCCGACUCACUGCACUGCAGCAGCAGGUGCAGGCACUGAGAGAGACACUGAAGGAAAAGAAUGAGGCGCUUCAGCAAGCCCGCUCACGGUAAUGGUUUGGCUAUGCUGAGAGGGACAAACGUGCUUGGCUAUGCUGAGAGGGACAAACGUCAGGAGGGAGGAACACUGCAGUGCUACUAUCGUAUUCGCAUGCAUGCUUCGGUGUGCCAGUUCGCAAGCCAAGUAGUAUGUGCGUUCUCCUAGUCCGUAGGGAUCAAGUAGGGGCCGACUGAAGGAUGAACACAGGUUGCCCCCCUGUGGCAUGCCCAGCUCCCUGAUCCUUGGACUCAUAGUUGUACUAAAAUGGUCGGUUGUUUCUGCUGGUGAUAGUGUGGGGGGGAAAGGAGGGGGUGGGGGGAGGGAGUUGCUUGUGCUGUUGCUUAUGGUUGUUUGUGGUGUCAAACUUGUGUUUUGCAGAUGUGAAGGUUGUGUUGCAUAUUCAUAGACAAGGACGUGUAUCAACCAAGUAGGAUUCAUCAAUACC